CAUGGCGGGAGUGCAUCGACCAGCAGUCGCAAGUCGUGCGCGAGAGCCUCUGGCCACCGGUGCGUCGUCUGAAAGCCCCACCCUGAGCCCGCGCAUCACCGUUGUCCAGCCUCACGGACAGCACGUGUGCCAUCACCCGGGAGCAGACGCCGAGGACCAACAGCAGCAUGGAGGUCGCGGCGAGUUCGGCGGGCCCGCUGCGGUACACGCUAGACAACCCUCGACUCACGUUCGAGCAGCGGAAGUUUUACGAAGACAACGGAUACCUGCUCUUCAAGAAACUCAUUGACGAAGACUUUCUGGAUGAGUGCAGGCAGCGGUUCGUGGACCUCUGCGACGGCCGCGUGUCCAAGGGCGGCAUGGUCCUCAUGAGGGACAUCUCCCUGGCCAAGCAGGGCGGCGCCUCGGGCGAGAGGCUGUACAACAAGCUGCAGGACUUUAUCUGGGACGACGUGCUGUCCCGGUACCUGCUGGCCCCCGAGGUGCUGGACAUCGCGGAGUGCAUGACCGGGCCUAACAUCAUGGCAGUGCACACCAUGCUCAUCAACAAGCCACCCGACUCGGGCCACCUUACGUCGCGGCACCCCAUGCACCAGGACCUGCACUACUUCCCAUUUCGCCCCGCGAACCGCAUCGUGGCCUCGUGGACCGCCAUGGAGGAUAUCCACGAGCGCAACGGCUGUCUGUUCGUCGUCCCGGGGAGCCACCGGGCGGGCGAGCUGUACCAACACGACUACCCGGACUGGGAGGGGGGCGUGAACAAGGCGUUCCACGGCGUCAGGGGCUUCGACGACUUCCCCAAGAAGAUGCUGACCAUGGCGAAGGGCGACACCGUCUUCUUCCACCCACUGCUCCUUCACGGCUCAGGCGCCAACCUCACCAAAGGCUUUCGCAAGGCUAUUUCCGGUCACUUCGCUGCCUCGGAGUGCCAUUACGUGGACGUGCGCGGCACGGUGCAGGAGGGCAUCGCGAAAGAGGUGGAGGAAAUGGGACAAAUGAGAAACAUGAACAUCAGUUUCCAGGACGCAUGGAGGAUACGGAGCAGGUGCGUGCGAGGCCGGGAGUCCACCAUGUCGAUGGAGCCAACCCUGCGCUCGCGCUACUGACGUGCUGGCGCUGGACCGGGGGGCGUGUGAUAUUACUUGUAUUAUGAAGCUGCUGUAAAUAAAUGAGUCAUCAUUGUAGGCUAAAACACAA